GCUCUGAGAUGAAGCAGCUAAAGGAAGAACUGCAGAGUGAGUCAUUCUGGAGAGCUCUCACUGCAGAAUUCCUGGGUACUGCAGCCUUUGUGUUCUCCAGUGUGGGCUGUGCUCUGUCCUGGGCUGGAAACAAUCCUGGCACUCUGCAGAUAGCUCUGGGUUUUGGCCUGGGAGUGGCCACUGUCUCUGUUUUCACACAAGGAGUGAGUGGGGGUCAUCUCAACCCUGCUGUCAGCUUUGCUUUGCUCCUCAGUCUGCGAAUUAGCCCACUUCGGGCUGUACUCUACAUGGCCAUGCAAGGGCUCGGGGCAAUCACAGCCUGUGCCCUACUGUAUGCACUUACACCGCAAGAUAUCCGCGGAGAGCUGGGACUCAACAAGCCUUCUCCAGGAGUUACUCAGAUCCAGGCCCUGGGAGUAGAAAUCAUUGUUACCUUCCAGCUUGUCAUGUGUGUAUUAACGAUUUCACAUGAGGAAAGCAACUUUGAAGGGUCUGCGCAUGUGGCCCUUGGAGCAUCUGUGACCCUUGGACAUUUAGUGGCAAUUGGAUUUACUGGGUGCAGCAUGAAUCCUGCUCGAUCCUUGGGACCAGCUGUCAUUACAACAAACUUCAGCCAUCAUUGGAUUUUUUGGGUGGGACCCAUGCUCGGAGGAGUCUUGGCUGUGAUCGUGUACAACUUAUUGUUGAGGCCAAAGAGGAUCAGGUGCAGAGACUGUCUGAAAUCACUGAGUACUGAGCACAAGGGGGAAUUCACCAUGGAGUCAAAACCCUCAACAUAAAGCUUGUUAACAGAGCUGCUGCACUGCAAACCAACCACGUGGCUAUAACUACAUUGCCUGAUGGCAAUAUCAUAUGUAAACCUUAGCAUCUUUUCCACAUCAUUACAUUGUUAAAACCAGUCACUUAUGUAAAUAAAUAUCAGGUCUUUGAUGUUCUAUGUUGUACAUAUCAAUUUAAGUAUUGAUGAAAAAAGGUGCAUUUUGUCAAAGGUUCUUUUCUCUCAUACCAAUCAGGACAAUUUGUGAAAAAUACAAAUUAAAAAGGAAAUAUUUAUACUUAAUGACUGGUGAUUGGUUGCCAAAUGGACCCUAGAUGGUAAAGGCCUUGCUGUGGACAAUGCACCAGUUAAUGAUGGCUGGUAGUUAAUUGCCAAUUGCAUGUUGACUCUGAUUUGGCAAGGCAUUUUUUACUGAGAAAGGAAUCAGAAAAUGGCUGUUACCUAUUUUGUUGAGUGGAAACAGGUGCAUGUUCUUCCAUCUGCAAACAACAGGGCCUUGUGUAUUACAAAUAUCUUGACAGAUCAGCCUGCCUUGUUUAAAAUGUAAACAAAUUUUGACAGUUAACUGCCAGUCAUCAUAUCUCUC